AUGUCGGUGCGUUCACCAUGUCAAAGGGUCUUCGGCCGCGACCUUCUAGAAGCAGAGACUCGUGGAGCAGGCGGGCAGGGUGCUUGCGACGGUGCGUGUGGCGGAUCUACGCUGCAUCCCAGGGCAGCAGGAGGCGACGUUCAUCGUGGAAACUACAGUGCGUUUUAUGGUAUGUACGCAUGGCUGACGACGCAAGGCAGGCAGCCGCGUGGUCGUCCGUAUUUCUCCUGCGAAGAGUUGCAAAAACGUCGGGGGAGACAUGAAGGCAACACGCGCUCCUGGCGUGUUCUGCGGGCAGCCUGUUAG